AUGGGGUCAAAGAAGGGGGAGCUGAUAAAGGCAUUGCGGUCAUGGUCAGUGGAGAUGACAGAGGUUUUGGGAGGGAUAAAUGUAGGUGGGGGUGGAGGUGCCAGGAGAGGGGAUUCAGCUGGUGGAGUUACCAAGGGGGAGGAUGUAGGUGAUGGAGAGGCAGGGGUAGGGAAGCUAAGUGGUUCGGGGUGGAGAGCGAAAUCUUCACCCUCUAACAGAAUGAUAAAUGCAGGUUAUCGUGUAUGCACAACCAUUGGACGUGGCCCAAAAAUAGAUGUCGAUAUCAUUGUUAUUCUCCUGUUUUAUAAGAAAAAUCCUCACACUGGUGUCAUUGUUAGAAUGUCAAACAGUGGCUCUAAGUUCAACUGUUCGCUAUCUGUGUCUAUUCUUUGUAAUUUAAAUGGAGUGCAGGGACCACAAGCUCUGGAGAGAUUAGGGGCCUGUGAUUAUGUUACAGAGAUGAAGCACCCAUCUGGUUGUGCUAUUAUUGUAAAUGUUCGUGGAGGAGGGUUGGGGUGGUUUGGCACCUUCAUGAUCAUUGUCUUGUGCCUUUUUGCUGCAUAUCUCCUGGCUGGUAUAGUUUACCGAUUUUUCUUCCUCGGGAUCCGUGGUGUAGACAUUAUCCCAAACUUAGACUUCUGGGUCAGCUUGCCUAGGAGAACACAGAGUCUGUGUGCUUCUUUGGUGAGGAGGUUUAAGGGACCGGCUGAAGGUUACCGGAGCUCCUAUUCAUCGGUCAACUUCUGA